AGUAUUGUAAACAAAUAUGGCGUCUACAUUGAUUCUUACGCGAAAACGUGUUUACUAUUUACUUCGUCACAUGACUAUUAUAGAUUAAUAACAACAAUGAUAUUCGGUGACAACGUUGAUGAAGUUGCGCAAAUAGCGGAAGUUUUUCAAGUUCAACUGAGCAAAAAUAGUGAAAAAUGCACAACUUUCCCAGCAGAAGAACUGGUUGAAGAAUGGGAAUUACCGACUCAUUUCAACCAAUCUUAUAAUUUUGGUGAUAUAUAUCCAAGUCAUAAUGAGCAAGCUCAAUGGAGGAUAAAAGAAAGGAUGAAAACAAACGGUGUCGCUCUUGUAUUAUGCCUAAAUAUAGGUGUUGAUCCUCCCGAUGUUAUGAAGACAUCACCUUGCGCGAGAACUGAAUGCUGGAUAGAUCCGCAAACCAUGGCUCCCCAAAAAGCUUUAGAAUUAAUAGGUCAAACACUGCAAAAGCAUUAUGAAAGGUGGCAACCUAGAGCUAGAUACAAGCAAGUUUUGGAUCCUACUGUUGAAGAAGUUAAAAAAUUAUGUGCAUCCCUAAGAAGAAACGCAAAAGAGGAAAGGGUAUUAUUUCACUACAAUGGUCAUGGCGUUCCAAAACCAACCAGCAAUGGAGAAAUCUGGGUAUUUAAUAAGAAUUAUACCCAGUAUAUACCUUUAUCGUUAUAUGAUUUACAUUCCUGGAUGGGUACACCUUCAAUUUACGUAUUUGAUUGUAAUUGUGCUGGGAUUAUUAUGAAAUAUUUUGAUCAACAUUUAGGAUCUUCAAGUUCAGAUAGUAACAAAUUAGAUGUUAGUGAAAAAGCAGCUGUUAGGCUGGCAGCUUGUGGAGAAAAUCAAAUGCUGCCGAUGUCACCGGAUUUACCAGCUGAUUUAUUUACAUCAUGCUUAACUACACCAAUUAAAGUUGCCCUCAAAUGGUUUGUGAAGCAGAAUGCGCAGAAAUUCAAUCCCGCAAUAAACGAAGAUUUAAUAGAUAAAAUACCUGGUCAUUUAACUGAUCGUAAAUCAAUGUUGGGCGAACUCAACUGGGUAUUCACGGCUAUUACUGAUACAAUUGCUUGGAAUUGUUUACCAACUGAAUUAUUUCAAAGGCUAUUCCGGCAAGAUUUAAUGUUGGCAAGUCUAUUCCGUAAUUUCUUACUUGCUGAACGAAUUAUGAAAGCAUAUAACUGCGAACCCAUGAGUGUGCCUGUUUUACCUCCUAUGCAUAUGCAUCCUUUCUGGCAAGCUUGGGAUACAACAUUGGAUCUCUGCUUUUCUAAAUUACCACAUAUUCUCGAUUCUCGUGAACCAAAUGCUGCAUCACAAAAUAAAGUUUCUUUUUUUAACGAGCAAUCACAAGCUUUCAUGAUGUGGUUAAAAUUUGGCCCAAUCAAUAAAAAUCCUCCUGAUCAAUUACCCAUUGUACUUCAAGUGUUAUUAAGUCAAGGUCAGCGCAUUCGAGCUCUCGAUUUACUGGCGCAAUUUAUGGAUCUUGGGAGAGAAAGCGUUUUAUGUGCUCUUCGUGUUGGUAUUUUUCCUUAUGUAUUAAAGCUACUACAAAGUUCCGUACCCGAAAUUCGACCAUUUCUUGUUGUUAUCUGGGCAAAAAUAAUUGCCGUUGAUCAAUCAGUUCAAGCUGAACUAACUAGGGAUGAUAAUCAUAAUUUUUUCCUAUCAUUUUUGUCUGAUUCUACUGUACAUCCAAGACAUAGGACAAUGGCUGCAUUCAUCAUUUCUAAAAUUGUGAAUAGUUAUAAAGUAGCUCAAGAUGCUGCUUAUAAAAGUUCAGUUAUUGAUGACUGUUUAACUGAACUUGAACACGAAGAUCCUAAACUUAGGCAAUGGGUUUGCUUCUGUCUUGCAAAAAUAUGGGACGGUCACAAUGAUGCAAGGUGGAGAGGAGUGAGAGAUUCUGCUCACGAAAAAAUUGGUUCUCUUCUCAAAGACAAAUGCUCUGAGGUUAGAGCAGCAGCUGUGUAUGCCCUUGGGACAUUUGUUUUACCAUCUGGUAGCGGGGAUCAUGCCGCCAAAGUAAAUCAGAAUAUUGCUAUGAAACUAAUAAAGUCAGCCAACGAUUGCUCAACACUUGUCAGAAAGGAGGUUACCUGCUCCCUUUCUAAUAUCGUACUGCAAUGUGAAAAUCAAAUUGUUAGUGCCUGUAAGAGCCAAAUGAUUGAAGAAAGAACAUUAGGCUCAAAAAGACAAUUAAAAAGCACUGAAGCUGAUCCGUUUAACGAAGUUGAAGUUAUUGCCAAGACAGUUGUUAAAUAUGUAGAAAGUAAAGUUGACAUGAGUUCUUUAUUGAGUUUUACUUUACCUAGAAGUAUAAGUAAAGGUUCAUCUUCUCCAAAUUUCUCCUCAGCUCCUAGUAGUCCUUCAAAUAAACCGCCAUCUGGUAUGCUUCAUGUUCCCAGUGAAAGUAAUAUUCAAGGCACGAUAUCAGAAGAAAAUCAUAAAAAUCGACCAUCAACACUUCGAUCGGUUUCAAGUCACUCCAAAACGUCUCAAAGUUUAAUGGCCGAUAAAGAAAAUCGUCUAAUUAAGACCAAAUAUUUUGAAUGGGCGUCAGAGAAAUUUGCUCUAACGUUAAAUCGAACCCCAACAGACUCAGAUCCCGAUAGUGAUAUAUCUAUGCAGACUACAUACAGAAAGAGCUUGGCUCAUAAAGUUCGUUCAGAUUGCCGGUGGCAGAAAUUUCCUGACUCGUAUCAUCUUGAACAAACAACAUAUAGGAAUCUAAAAUGUCCAACUGUUCUUAACUUCCAUCCUUUUGAACCAUAUUUUGUCUGUGGUGACGAUGAUGGAUUUAGCAUCUAUAAUUGGGAAACAUCGACAAGAUUUGCUCAAUUUAGUAACCAGAGACCAAGAGGAAGAAUUAGUGCCUUACAAUUUGUAAAUUGUUGUUAUCGACCAAUGAUUAUGGUUGGAAGCAAUGAUGGAUGUAUAAAAUUAUGGAGAAAUUAUAUGUUAGACGAUCCCUCAAUUAAGUUAGUUACCGCAUGGAACGCUCUACCUGAACUCUUUGAUCAAAGAAGACACUACAGAGCUGGUCUGCAGAUAAAAUGGGAGCCUCAUAGAUCGAAAGUAAUUUGCGGUGCAGAUUCUAGUAGGAUUGUAAGAAUAUUUGAUGUCAACAUUGAAAAGAUGUGUCAGGAAUUUUCAACUCAAUCCGAAUCCGCUCUAACUAGCAUAGAAAGUGAUGCAUGUAAUAGAAAUUUAAUAUUUUGUGCGUAUGAAGAUGGUGUUAUAAAUAUAUUUGACAGACGAGAGAAGCCUGCAUCCUGCAAAGUCAACACUUAUAGAGAACAUAAAGGAAGAAUUGUUGGUAUAAAGUUACAGCAUAGAGAAAAGAGUCAUAUAGUAACAGCAGAUCAAAUGGGCAUUGUUAAAGUUUGGGAUCAGAGACUUAAAACAGCGCAAACAACAUUUAAAACUGUUGACUCUGUUACUUCCUUUGAUGUUCAUCGUCUCGUUGACAUGAUUGUUGUGGGUUCUUCACAACAAAUUAUUCAUAUUACAAAACAUAAUGGCGAAACUCUAAAAGUCAUAAAAAAUAAUAAUGAAGGUUUUCUUAGUCAAAAAAUAUCUGCACCCCAUUGUUUGGCUUUCCAUCCAAACUAUAUGAAAUUUGCGGCUGGAAGUCGAAUGGACAAUUUUGUCAACGUCUACACUAUUAAAUGA